AUGGGGGGGGGGGGGGGGGGGGGGGGGGGGGGGGGGGGGGGGGGGGGGGGGGGGGGGGGGGGGGGGGGGGGGGGGGGGGGGGGGGGGGGGGGGGGGGGGGGGGGGGGGGGGGGGGGGGGGGGGGGGGGGGGGGGGGGGGGGGGGGGGGGGGGGGGGGGGGGGGGGGGGGGGGGGGGGGGGGGGGGGGGGGGGGGGGGGGGGGGGGGGGGGGGGGGGGGGGGGGGGGGGGGGGGGGGGGGGGGGGGGGGGGGGGGGGGGGGGGGGGGGGGGGGGGGGGGGGGGGGGGGGGGGGGGGGGGGGGGGGGGGGGGGGGGGGGGGGGGGGGGGGGGGGGGGGGGGGGGGGGGGGGGGGGGGGGGGGGGGGGGGGGGGGGGGGGGGGGGGGGGGGGGGGGGGGGGGGGGGGGGGGGGGGGGGGGGGGGGGGGGGGGGGGGGGGGGGGGGGGGGGGGGGGGGGGGGGGGGGGGGGGGGGGGGGGGGGGGGGGGGGGGGGGGGGGGGGGGGGGGGGGGGGGGGGGGGGGGGGGGGGGGGGGGGGGGGGGGGGGGGGGGGGGGGGGGGGGGGGGGGGGGGGGGGGGGGGGGGGGGGGGGGGGGGGGGGGGGGGGGGGGGGGGGGGGGGGGGGGGGGGGGGGGGGGGGGGGGGGGGGGGGGGGGGGGGGGGGGGGGGGGGGGGGGGGGGGGGGGGGGGGGGGGGGGGGGGGGGGGGGGGGGGGGGGGGGGGGGGGGGGGGGGGGGGGGGGGGGGGGGGGGGGGGGGGGGGGGGGGGGGGGGGGGGGGGGGGGGGGGGGGGGGGGGGGGGGGGGGGGGGGGGGGGGGGGGGGGGGGGGGGGGGGGGGGGGGGGGGGGGGGGGGGGGGGGGGGGGGGGGGGGGGGGGGGGGGGGGGGGGGGGGGGGGGGGGGGGGGGGGGGGGGGGGGGGGGGGGGGGGGGGGGGGGGGGGGGGGGGGGGGGGGGGGGGGGGGGGGGGGGGGGGGGGGGGGGGGGGGGGGGGGGGGGGGGGGGGGGGGGGGGGGGGGGGGGGGGGGGGGGGGGGGGGGGGGGGGGGGGGGGGGGGGGGGGGGGGGGGGGGGGGGGGGGGGGGGGGGGGGGGGGGGGGGGGGGGGGGGGGGGGGGGGGGGGGGGGGGGGGGGGGGGGGGGGGGGGGGGGGGGGGGGGGGGGGGGGGGGGGGGGGGGGGGGGGGGGGGGGGGGGGGGGGGGGGGGGGGGGGGGGGGGGGGGGGGGGGGGGGGGGGGGGGGGGGGGGGGGGGGGGGGGGGGGGGGGGGGGGGGGGGGGGGGGGGGGGGGGGGGGGGGGGGGGGGGGGGGGGGGGGGGGGGGGGGGGGGGGGGGGGGGGGGGGGGGGGGGGGGGGGGGGGGGGGGGGGGGGGGGGGGGGGGGGGGGGGGGGGGGGGGGGGGGGGGGGGGGGGGGGGGGGGGGGGGGGGGGGGGGGGGGGGGGGGGGGGGGGGGGGGGGGGGGGGGGGGGGGGGGGGGGGGGGGGGGGGGGGGGGGGGGGGGGGGGGGGGGGGGGGGGGGGGGGGGGGGGGGGGGGGGGGGGGGGGGGGGGGGGGGGGGGGGGGGGGGGGGGGGGGGGGGGGGGGGGGGGGGGGGGGGGGGGGGGGGGGGGGGGGGGGGGGGGGGGGGGGGGGGGGGGGGGGGGGGGGGGGGGGGGGGGGGGGGGGGGGGGGGGGGGGGGGGGGGGGGGGGGGGGGGGGGGGGGGGGGGGGGGGGGGGGGGGGGGGGGGGGGGGGGGGGGGGGGGGGGGGGGGGGGGGGGGGGGGGGGGGGGGGGGGGGGGGGGGGGGGGGGGGGGGGGGGGGGGGGGGGGGGGGGGGGGGGGGGGGGGGGGGGGGGGGGGGGGGGGGGGGGGGGGGGGGGGGGGGGGGGGGGGGGGGGGGGGGGGGGGGGGGGGGGGGGGGGGGGGGGGGGGGGGGGGGGGGGGGGGGGGGGGGGGGGGGGGGGGGGGGGGGGGGGGGGGGGGGGGGGGGGGGGGGGGGGGGGGGGGGGGGGGGGGGGGGGGGGGGGGGGGGGGGGGGGGGGGGGGGGGGGGGGGGGGGGGGGGGGGGGGGGGGGGGGGGGGGGGGGGGGGGGGGGGGGGGGGGGGGGGGGGGGGGGGGGGGGGGGGGGGGGGGGGGGGGGGGGGGGGGGGGGGGGGGGGGGGGGGGGGGGGGGGGGGGGGGGGGGGGGGGGGGGGGGGGGGGGGGGGGGGGGGGGGGGGGGGGGGGGGGGGGGGGGGGGGGGGGGGGGGGGGGGGGGGGGGGGGGGGGGGGGGGGGGGGGGGGGGGGGGGGGGGGGGGGGGGGGGGGGGGGGGGGGGGGGGGGGGGGGGGGGGGGGGGGGGGGGGGGGGGGGGGGGGGGGGGGGGGGGGGGGGGGGGGGGGGGGGGGGGGGGGGGGGGGGGGGGGGGGGGGGGGGGGGGGGGGGGGGGGGGGGGGGGGGGGGGGGGGGGGGGGGGGGGGGGGGGGGGGGGGGGGGGGGGGGGGGGGGGGGGGGGGGGGGGGGGGGGGGGGGGGGGGGGGGGGGGGGGGGGGGGGGGGGGGGGGGGGGGGGGGGGGGGGGGGGGGGGGGGGGGGGGGGGGGGGGGGGGGGGGGGGGGGGGGGGGGGGGGGGGGGGGGGGGGGGGGGGGGGGGGGGGGGGGGGGGGGGGGGGGGGGGGGGGGGGGGGGGGGGGGGGGGGGGGGGGGGGGGGGGGGGGGGGGGGGGGGGGGGGGGGGGGGGGGGGGGGGGGGGGGGGGGGGGGGGGGGGGGGGGGGGGGGGGGGGGGGGGGGGGGGGGGGGGGGGGGGGGGGGGGGGGGGGGGGGGGGGGGGGGGGGGGGGGGGGGGGGGGGGGGGGGGGGGGGGGGGGGGGGGGGGGGGGGGGGGGGGGGGGGGGGGGGGGGGGGGGGGGGGGGGGGGGGGGGGGGGGGGGGGGGGGGGGGGGGGGGGGGGGGGGGGGGGGGGGGGGGGGGGGGGGGGGGGGGGGGGGGGGGGGGGGGGGGGGGGGGGGGGGGGGGGGGGGGGGGGGGGGGGGGGGGGGGGGGGGGGGGGGGGGGGGGGGGGGGGGGGGGGGGGGGGGGGGGGGGGGGGGGGGGGGGGGGGGGGGGGGGGGGGGGGGGGGGGGGGGGGGGGGGGGGGGGGGGGGGGGGGGGGGGGGGGGGGGGGGGGGGGGGGGGGGGGGGGGGGGGGGGGGGGGGGGGGGGGGGGGGGGGGGGGGGGGGGGGGGGGGGGGGGGGGGGGGGGGGGGGGGGGGGGGGGGGGGGGGGGGGGGGGGGGGGGGGGGGGGGGGGGGGGGGGGGGGGGGGGGGGGGGGGGGGGGGGGGGGGGGGGGGGGGGGGGGGGGGGGGGGGGGGGGGGGGGGGGGGGGGGGGGGGGGGGGGGGGGGGGGGGGGGGGGGGGGGGGGGGGGGGGGGGGGGGGGGGGGGGGGGGGGGGGGGGGGGGGGGGGGGGGGGGGGGGGGGGGGGGGGGGGGGGGGGGGGGGGGGGGGGGGGGGGGGGGGGGGGGGGGGGGGGGGGGGGGGGGGGGGGGGGGGGGGGGGGGGGGGGGGGGGGGGGGGGGGGGGGGGGGGGGGGGGGGGGGGGGGGGGGGGGGGGGGGGGGGGGGGGGGGGGGGGGGGGGGGGGGGGGGGGGGGGGGGGGGGGGGGGGGGGGGGGGGGGGGGGGGGGGGGGGGGGGGGGGGGGGGGGGGGGGGGGGGGGGGGGGGGGGGGGGGGGGGGGGGGGGGGGGGGGGGGGGGGGGGGGGGGGGGGGGGGGGGGGGGGGGGGGGGGGGGGGGGGGGGGGGGGGGGGGGGGGGGGGGGGGGGGGGGGGGGGGGGGGGGGGGGGGGGGGGGGGGGGGGGGGGGGGGGGGGGGGGGGGGGGGGGGGGGGGGGGGGGGGGGGGGGGGGGGGGGGGGGGGGGGGGGGGGGGGGGGGGGGGGGGGGGGGGGGGGGGGGGGGGGGGGGGGGGGGGGGGGGGGGGGGGGGGGGGGGGGGGGGGGGGGGGGGGGGGGGGGGGGGGGGGGGGGGGGGGGGGGGGGGGGGGGGGGGGGGGGGGGGGGGGGGGGGGGGGGGGGGGGGGGGGGGGGGGGGGGGGGGGGGGGGGGGGGGGGGGGGGGGGGGGGGGGGGGGGGGGGGGGGGGGGGGGGGGGGGGGGGGGGGGGGGGGGGGGGGGGGGGGGGGGGGGGGGGGGGGGGGGGGGGGGGGGGGGGGGGGGGGGGGGGGGGGGGGGGGGGGGGGGGGGGGGGGGGGGGGGGGGGGGGGGGGGGGGGGGGGGGGGGGGGGGGGGGGGGGGGGGGGGGGGGGGGGGGGGGGGGGGGGGGGGGGGGGGGGGGGGGGGGGGGGGGGGGGGGGGGGGGGGGGGGGGGGGGGGGGGGGGGGGGGGGGGGGGGGGGGGGGGGGGGGGGGGGGGGGGGGGGGGGGGGGGGGGGGGGGGGGGGGGGGGGGGGGGGGGGGGGGGGGGGGGGGGGGGGGGGGGGGGGGGGGGGGGGGGGGGGGGGGGGGGGGGGGGGGGGGGGGGGGGGGGGGGGGGGGGGGGGGGGGGGGGGGGGGGGGGGGGGGGGGGGGGGGGGGGGGGGGGGGGGGGGGGGUGGAGUAACCACACGUGGAGAGAAGUUAGGAUAUAG